AGCUAUGGAAAGCAAACAAGAGCGAGGAAGCGAGCAGCAGCAGGCACUUGCUGGCGCAAGUCAACCCGGGGGAUUUUUUUUUUAUUGUUUACAUUUGAGUUUGUAGCAAAUAACAAUCGUAUUAAUGUGGACGUUUUACUAUUCUUAUACGCUGAUUUUCUGACAACCCAGCAAAGGAUUGGCUGCAGCUUGCUAGCUUGUCAACUCUGGAAACACGAUUUCCCAUCCUUGCAAAAGACCCCCAAUAAGAGAUCUAAAGGACUUUUUUUUUUUUUUUGCUUUUAAUGUACAUAUAUUGAAUUUGUUGCACUGUCUUCCGUGUAUUUUAUAUCGUUGUAUUACUGCUGUCAAUGUUAAACGCUAGCAAUAAGUUGAACGACAGCAAGGCUCAGGAAAGAAUGACUGCUGUUCAGCUAAUGAAUAUCCAGCGUCUAUUGGAAGCCGCGGAAUAUCUCGAAAGGAGAGAAAGAGAGUGUGAACACGGAUAUGCAUCGACGUUUCCUUCAAAUCAGGACACAAACUACCAGAGGCAAAGGAAAUUCCGAAAUAAGAAAUUCAGCAGUAACCACAAUAGGUCCACACACAACGAGCUGGAGAAGAAUAGACGGGCUCAUCUGCGGCUGUGUCUGGAGCGCUUGAAGGCCCUCAUCCCGCUGGGACCGGACUGCAGCCGCCAUACCACCCUGGGCCUGCUCAACAAAGCCAAAGCACAUAUAAAGAAACUUGAAGAAGCCGACAGGAAGAGCCAGUACCAGCUGGAGUCUCUGGAACGUGAGCAGAGGCACCUCCAACGCCAACUAGAACUGCUGAGUGGAGGCGGCGGAACGGCCGUGGAGGGCGAGAGGAUACGCAUGAACAGCGUGGGCUCCACUCUAGGUUCUGAGCGCUCCGACUCCGACCAGGAGGAGAUCGAGGUGGACGUGGAGAGCACGGAGUUAUCCCACGGAGAGCUGGACAGUCUGAGCACAGCCAGCACCAGUGACCUGGAUGACCACAGCAGCCUGCAGAGCAUGGCCAGUGAUGAGGGAUAUUCCUCUUGCAGUGUCAAACUUGCCUUCUCCUCCUAGAAGCUACACAAUGCCACCACUGCAAACACCUCCUCUUCCUCUCGCCCCUCCUCUUGCUGCUCCCAUCCAGCCCUCCCACCCGGUAUAUCCGUGCUCCCAUCCAGCCGCGCCCACGGGCCUCUGUUCGCCUACUUGCAGUGUGCCCAUCACCAUGCAAAGGCACUGUUAAAGCCGAACCCAGUAUCUUGGACAGGUGCUUUCAAACUUUUUGAGUCUGGGAACCUACUUGGGAGACAUUUUUAUGAGGAGCCCCUCUUAAUCCUUAUGCCUACUAAAUAUAUUUUAGCUACCACAUGAACCCCUAGAAGCAAAAAUAAUUAUUGUCUAGCGUAUUUUCCGGACUAUAAAUCACUCCGGAGUCGCACCAGACAUAAAAUGCAUAAUAAACAGGAAAAAGACAUAUAUAAGUCGCACUGGAGUACAAGUCGCAUUUUGGGGGGAAAUUUAUUUGAUAAAAUCCAACACCAAGAACAGACAUGUCAUCUUGAAAGGCAAUUUAAAAUAAAAAUAUAAUAGAGGCAACAACAGGCUGAAUAAUUGUACGGUAUGCUGACGUUACAUGACACAUAAACAACAAACUGAGAACGUGCCUGACGUAACAUAUUAAAAGUUAUUCAGAUAGCUAUA